ACGUCUGUUUUCUUUCGUCAUUUCCUACAGUGACAGGGUACUUCCCCCCAGAGAAAGAAAUAGAGCAGACGGGGCACCCUGAAUUUCUGCUCUCUAAUAGUGUAGAACAUACGUAACGUAUACAUCAACAUUAACAGACAUGUUUUCUUUUAAUAUGUUCGACCACCCGAUCCCACGGGCUUUCCAAAACCGCUUCUCCACGCAAUACCGCUGUUACUCAGUGUCCAUGCUGGCUGGGCCCAACGACCGAUCUGAUGUCGAAAAAGGAGGCAAAAUUAUAAUGCCUCCUUCUGCCCUGGACCAACUCAGUCGUCUUAACAUCACAUAUCCAAUGUUGUUCAAACUGACAAAUAAGAAUUCUGAUCGCAUGACACACUGUGGAGUGUUGGAAUUUGUUGCUGAUGAAGGAAUUUGCUAUCUGCCUCACUGGAUGAUGCAGAACCUGUUACUGGAGGAGGGGGGUCUGGUACAAGUAGAAAGCGUCAACCUCAUGGUAGCAACAUAUUCCAAAUUCCAACCACAGAGUCCUGAUUUCUUGGAUAUCACAAACCCCAAAGCAGUACUAGAGAAUGCUUUGAGGAACUUUGCUUGUCUGACCACCGGUGAUGUAAUUGCUAUCAACUAUAAUGAAAAGAUCUAUGAGCUUCGUGUGAUGGAGACCAAGCCAGACAAGGCGGUGUCCAUCAUUGAAUGUGAUAUGAAUGUGGACUUUGAUGCACCAUUGGGUUACAAAGAACCAGAGAGACGCCUCCAGCACACCGAGGAGCCUGCAGAAGAGGAUGGAGACCCCAGCAACUAUGCAGACAUGGAUAUGGGAUUCAGAGCCUUCUCAGGCUCAGGAAACCGCCUCGAUGGCAAAAAGAAGGGCAUUGAGCCCAGCCCUGCCCCCAUUGAUCCAAGCGAUAUCAAAAGAGGGAUCCCAAACUAUGACUAUAAGGUUGGAAGGAUUACAUUUAUCAGAAACUCUCGCCCUCAGCCGAAGAAGGUGGAUGAGGACGAUACCAUGAGUCGUUUUAUUGCCUUUUCUGGAGAAGGACAAUCACUGCGCAAGAAGGGCAGGAAACCCUGAAGGAGCUGUUUAACAGGAUAUGGAAAGACUGAUUAGAGAGUCCGCAACUGAAACUGAUUUCCAUGGACUUGGUAAAAGCAACCACAAGCUGUGCUUAAGUGUGUAAAGGUGGUUAAGAAACUGGAUUCUCAUUUUUUGGUUUGAAAUACAAUUUUCUUCUUGGAUUUGGUUAUAUGAAUGCACAUACUAUGGAACUUGGAUUUUGUCCCUUUUGAGUGAUUGAGCUUUCGAAUAUAUCUUUAGCUUGUGAGACACAUUUAAACUUUUUUAAAAGUAGUUCGAAUCUUGGGUGUUUCGAUGAAAAGGGAAAAACAACUUGUUUUCGUUGUUCAUCAAGCUGUAGUUUGUAACGUUGGGCAUAAAUUGUCCAUUUAAAAAUUAAAUGCUAUACAUACAAUGAAGUCAUUUUUUUUGGAGGAUGUUCCAAAUGUGAUUAAGGCCAGACUUUUUUUUUUUUUAUGCACCAAACAGUCAGUGAAUCAAUCACUGACCCACCGACUCUCAAAAUACAGCAAACAGUUAAAGCGAUAUCACAAAUGCUCAAGUUUUGUUCUAGGUUUCUUAAACUGCACAUUUAAUUUUUGUGUUUUGUUUUAAAAUCUGAUUGGAUUAUUUUUUUAUAAAUGGCCUUAAUUUAGAUGGACAUAAGCUUGCACAACAGCUGAAUAAAAUAUUUAACUUUCA